AACCAUUUUCAUCUGACCCCAUUAAAGGUCAUUCCAUAUCACACCAAUCACCAUAAAGAUAAGAAGAAGAUCGCCCAUUAAGCAAACAGUGUCAAUGAAUGGGAAAUAAAAGGCUCACAAAGCCAGGCACAGGCAUUAGAAUAUGGUCUCUGAUUAUGCAUAUGGAAAGUUACCACUAUUCUGGUUGGCCUCUUGCUACCAACAUGGCUCAGUGCAAUUCUGCACCAAACAGUGAUCAAUUAUCUCCUUUUUCAGUUCCAACAACUCAAACACCCCCUCUUGCUUCUGACCCUCAAUCUCUUCAGUUUACUGAGUUCCCUUUGUGGCCUGCAACCAUUGCAGAAGAUAGAGUUGCCAGUGCUUCAAAGAGUCAUAGCCAAGCAGAGAAAAGGCGCAGGGACAGAAUCAAUGCACAGCUUGCAACUCUCAGAAAACUCAUUCCCAAGUCUGAUAAGAUGGACAAAGCAGCAUUACUAGGGAGUGUGGUAGACCAUGUGAAAGAUCUAAAGCGAAAAGCGAUGUGUGUGAGCAAAGGCAUCACUGUUCCAAGUGAAACUGAUGAAGUAACAAUUGACUUCCAGGAAGCCGAAGAUGAAAGCUACAAAAAAGUGAAGAAAUUGAAGGAGAAGAUGAUAAUCAAAGCUUCAGUUUGCUGUGAUGAUCGACCAGAAGUGUUCCCUGAGCUGAUCGAAGUUCUGAAAGGGUUGAGACUGACAGCAGUUAAGGCUGACAUAGCCAGUGUUGGUGGCAGAAUCAAAAGCAUAUUGGUUCUUUGUUCAAAGGACAGUGAAGAGAACAGUGUUUGCCUCAGCACUCUCAAACAAUCACUUAAAUCAGCUGUCAACAAAAUUGCUUCGUUAUCUGUGGCCACUAAUUGUCCCACCAGAAGUAAGAGGCAGAGGUUCUUCUUCCCUUCUCAUUACCUACAACAACCAUAAUUCAUCACUGCCAUUUUCUUUUUCGUUUUUUUAUUCUUAGGAUGCCUUCUGUCACUAUAUGACAUUGUUUUAUUUUUUUUUCAACAUUUCUUUAUCUUCAACAUAUAAUAU